AUGAUGCCCACGUUCUUCCAAGCUGUCUGUUCUACAUGCAUAGCACUGGCAAUCUACACAGCAAGCCUAGCUAUCUACCGUCUCUUCCUCUCCCCGCUCGCCAAAUUCCCCGGCCCAACGCUCGCCGCCCUAACCGGUUGGUACGAAGUAUUCUUUGAUGUCCUCCUCGGUGGCCAGUUCAUGUGGGAAAUCGAACGCCUCCACGGGAAAUAUGGCCCCAUUGUGCGCAUCAACCCCCACGAACUCCAUAUCAAGGACCCGGACUAUUACAAUACCCUCUACGCAGGGCCCACCAGGCGACGAGACAAGUACCUCUGGUUCCUAUCUGUCGGAGCUCCGACCUCGACCUUCGCCACGCCGGAAUCUGAUCACCACCGCUUGCGACGGGGAAUGCUUAGUCCCUUUCUCUCUAAGCAAGCCGUGAGGGAUUUAGAGGGAGUUAUCAAGGCAAAGUUAGAUUUACUUUGUGAGCAUAUGAAGAAGGCUAUGAGGAGUGGUGAGGCGGUGGAGUUGCAUGCCUAUUUCGUGUCGUUUGCUGUGGAUGUUGUUUCGACCUGUGCAUUUGGGGAGAGCGGGUGCUUCGAAGAGUUGAGGAGAGAAAGACUAGAUGAUAGAUGGAAGAAUGUCGUGACAGGAGCCUUUGGCAAAUUACUCCUUACGAGGCAUUUUCCCUGGCUAGUGGUUGUUUUUCGUUUCCUGCCCGUGUGGGCCACUGCGCUGCUCACUCCUGUGGUGCGGCAUAUUGAUUAUAUGGAAAAGGGGGUAGAGAACCAAAUGCAACACGUGUAUGCGAUGAACAAGGAUGGCGUCAAGGAGAAUGGCAUCUUUUCGCAGCUUAUGCACAAUCUGAAACUACCUCUGAAGGAGCGGGUGCUGUACAGAUUGGCUGAUGAUGCCAAAUUUCUGAUGGUUGCGGGGAUUGACGCUCCGUCUCAAGUUUUGGCCAUCACAAUGUUCCAUGUUCUUCGUUCUCCGCUGGUCUGUCGAGAGCUACGCGAGGAGCUUCAGGAUAAGACUGCACACUCACGAGAUGAGCUUUGCUUGAACACGCUUGAAAAACUUCCGUAUCUGACUGCAGUCAUUAAAGAGGGGCUUCGCGUCUCUGCCGUUGUCACAUCACGUCUCCCGCGGAUUGCGCCUGAGGAGACACUGGAAUUUAGGGGCUGGAAAAUCCCCCCAGGGACCCCAGUGAGCAUGUCCAGCCAUUUUAUUCUGCGAGAUCCCGCUAUAUUCCCUGACCCACUGGUCUUCCAGCCUGAGCGGUGGCUAAAGCAAAGUACUACCGGCUCGAGCUUGGACAGAUAUCUUGUGCCCUUCUCAAAGGGAAGCCAGGGAUGUUUAGGGCCAAAUAUGGCUCAUGCUUGGCUCUACCUAGCCUUAGCUACACUACUGCAGAGAUUUGAGUUCUCGCUGUUUGAAACUACCGAAGAGAACAUUAGGACGGUUAGGGACUGUUUCAAUGGACAGACAAAACCUGGACAAAACAAUAUACGGGUGAAAGUGUUGACGGAGUUUAUAUAA